CAUAUUUGUUAAGUCAGCUACAGUUUGCGUGUUCUCAACUCCCUGGGGGAUUUAUUCCGUGUUUAUUUCGCCCAGGUAAGACAAACUUAUCUAGGAAAGUAACUAUCAAAGUGUUUAUGAGCUGAAUUCCUAAACUUAAGGGAUAGUUCCAUCCAUACACUGUACAGAGCGAGGUAUAUGAUCAAAACACCUUGGCCAGUUGAAAGCAAGCUCUGUUGCAGGCGUUUGUUCAUAGUAAUGUUUCGCCCCAUGUAACGUAAACAGGAUACCGGAAUCCAGAAAAUUUUUGCUUGUGGAAUCUGGAAUAGUGGGCAUUGGAAUCCAGAAUCCCUCUAAAGAAUGUAUCCAGAAUCUAUUCGCUGAAAAUUUAUUUCAAAUCGCAUAAACGGCUUUCACGCGCAUCCAGGCAACCACGGUAAUGCUAAAACGCAGACUGCAGACCAUGUGGACCGCGCUUUGUUCUCCGGAGAAUUUCGACUGCUACAUCUCGCGAGACACUGACAAAUUCAUUCAUGACCUAUCACCCAAUCGACUUCGAUACUGACCUGGCCAAAGUUCCUUACUCAGUAACUACCAAUCAGUCUUCUACUCCGAUUCAAAAACCUUCCUUGUAAAGUUCGAUUUUAGCUUACAGAAAUUUCUUUACUGUAAAGUUCUUUGGGCUGUCUUGUGAAGAUCCUGGUUAUCAUUUGCUUCGUUCACACAGCACAUUCCUCACCUCUAAAUCAAUGUCACGGUCCACACAAAUUACAUCUUGCCAUGUGGGGCUAAUCUGCACAAGCUCGAGAAACUUGACCCCACGAUUUUGUUUUGCCAGAGAACGUAAACUCGAAAGAACCUCAUAAGAUUCUGUCAUGUGGUGUCCAAAAAUUGGAAACAGUUCCAAUGUUACCAAAAGAGUAAGAAAAAAGUUUACACACCAUAAUCAUAUGUAAAUCACAGUUUAAAAAAAAGAAAACAUAAGACACACACAGCCUGCUUGGUCUGCACAGUCUGCAUGGUCUGCAGUCUGCGUUUUAUCAUGACCGAUGCAACCACAGUAUACUGCAGUUCACUCAAUGUAACUUUAGAGGGACUACAGAGAUUGUUUACAUAAAAACAGUGUUCAAAUCCCACAGGAUUUGCUCAGAUUCUAACAUGGCAACAGACCACAUGUUUCCAUUUACAAUAAACUUUGAUUAAAUAUAUAUAUGAAUAUUUAUGGACCGGGGGAGGUCUAUUUCUAAGUCAAAAUUAUGGCAAUUAAACAUAAACCGCUUUCUUUGAUAUUGGCAUUUGGAAUAUCAAAAUUUAAGAUUUCACAGGGCAUCAUAUCUCAGUGCAAAUAAAAUAAGAUAUUACCAGAUUUAAGGGCCUAACAGGAAAAUAUCAGCAGGCCACCUUAGACCUUUGGAAUUAUUGCUCUGGAGAAUUCAUAGCCAACUUAAUAUGACUUGACUUGGCUAAUGUUAUAAAGAAAAUAGGAAAUGUAGAAAAGAGAAUCUGUUAUUCUUGGAAAAUUACUGUGUAGAUGCAGAUCUUUUGCAAUUUUGCAAAGGGUUAAGUAUAGUUGAGUUGGUUGAACACCAUUAUAUGCACAAUCUUGUAAUGGCAAACAUCAUCGUCAAAAACAUGUAGGAAAACAAGCUUUUCUUAGUCAUAGUCUGUGAUUUAUUUACAAGAUACACAGGGUGUUAUCAAAAUUAUAUUUCAGUUUAAAUUUUUUGGCAAUUUAAUACUAUGGUUUUUGUUUAAAAGGAAAGUUAAAAAAGUACUUUGAGAUGAUUGGGAAAUAUUUUCAAGCUGUUUUGUUGACAGUUCUCCAUGAAGUCAAUUUUGGAUUACAAAAAUUGGCCACCUUUUCCCAGUUGGAACAAUGUUAUGCUGUGCUAAAACAACUUUUUACUCCAAUAGUUAUUUACAAAUGAAAAAUGAUAAGCAAUGAUUUGAACUAUUAGUUCUUUUGAUACUGCUAAAUCACUUGAAGAACCUUGAGGAACCUGAAUGAAAGAAAUAUGGUACACCUCUUCAGAGUUGCAAAAAAGAUGUGGAAUGAAUGGAUAUUGGACUUAAAAAUGGACAGUCUCAAUAGGUAUUCUUAGAAGAAAAAUUUAUCCCUCAAUUUGCUAUUAAUAAUAUAUUUCUUGUAAUUAUCAACUGUUGUUGUGGAAAUAUAAAUAGAAAAACAUGUCAUUCAAUUACGAAAUCUGCCAUUGAAGUCAUUCCUAGAAAACGCAAUGCAGAAAUAAGGAGCAAACCAGGAACUAAAAUCUGGAAUCUUUCAUGUUUUGGAAUCCAGAAUCUGCUUAAGGUAGAAUUUGGAAUCCAGCAACUGUAAUCCAGAAUCCACAGCUUGGAAUCUAGAAUCAAUGCUGUCCUGGAUUACCUUAAAUGGGGUAUAAUGUUAUCAAAAUAGUGAGGUAAGGGUUGUGUGCACAUUGAACUUGUUUACUAGGAAAUUUCUACCACUGAAAGCUGUAAAAUGUACCAAAAACUACUACUUUCUUAAUGUGCAUCCACUACUCAGGCAUGGAAAUUAUGGACCAUAGAUAACAGUAUUGUAGCAUAAGGAGAUAACCCAAUGAAAGGUGAAGUUAUUUCUGAAAAAACCAGUGACAUCUACUUUCAGCAAAGAUUUUUUUAAGUUUGCAAGCACUGAACAAGACUUCCCCUGACUCAUAUCACUUAACAUACAUGAAAGUGAAGUGCAAACUGCUUUUUAACAAUCUAAUGAGUGUGUUAGGGCUAUAAUUAAAUUUUUAUUUUUUGUAUGCAAGGACGAAAAUGAGUGUUCAAAAGGCAUCUGAAGCAAAUCCUAUUCUGUUCUGUUAAAGUAUUUUCUAUGCCAGAAAUGCUUGCUGUCUUUCAAUUUUUCCAAAUGUUGCCAUUCUCCUUUGUGUCAAGCUCAGACCACAUUCAGUUUUGUCUUGACCAGAUAUUUAUGCAAAUUUCUCUUUAUGGGCCACUUCAUAAUAAUCUUAUAAAAUAUGUCAUUUUAAUCCUUUAACUGCCAAGAUCUCAUUAGUAAUUCUUCUUACUGUCUGCCAUGUUAUUUUUAUGAUGUUAGUUUGGAGAAUUGGUGUUGGAUCAACAAAUAAUCCCCUGAUUUAUAUUUUUCUUUACUCUCAUAACUUGUCUGCUUGAUAUUGUAUUGAUAUUGUAAGGAGAAAUUCUGUCUUGGUCACUCAUGGGAGUUAAAGUUUGAAAUCAUUUCAUCUCUGUACAUGUAGGUCACUUAAUGCUUUGAGGGGGAUAAUGUUUUGUAGGAUGUUUUGAUUAUAAUGGUGUAGUGAAGAUUCAAUCAGCAGUAAAUGGCCUAAAUGAGUGGCUUCUCUUGUCAUCCCUCUCCCCUAACAUUGUUCUUACCUUACUGUUUUCACUUAGGUGCUGAUUUGCCAGUAUCUAUUUUAAGUGCCCAUCAGCUUUUCUUAAGUUAAAAGAAUUGUGAAAAUUAAUAUUUCUCCAAGACCUAAAGCAAAAACAAAAAAAGGUUUGCAUUUGAUCAUUCACUAUUUUAUCAGCUCUCAAAGCUCACAGUAAUAGCCCUUGUUCUUUAUUAUUGAAUACAAUAAAGGAGCAAUUAAAGGCUGGGCACUAACUUACUCAUUGGGCAGACCUAGCAUCACAGAACAGCAAAAGCUAGCAGAUCAGUUGGAGUCAUGCCAGAUAAGACAGUCACAAAUGCUGGCAAUUUACAACAAUUUACAAUCAUAGCUAAGCCACAACAGUACCUUUUUUAAUUUAUUUUUCUUGUAGCUAAGAUACAGGCUGGACCUCAUGACCCUUGCUAAUGCCAGUCCUCCUAAUGCCUGGGGUUUACUCUUAAGUGACCUCAUGAAUAACAUCAAAUCAUAGUUUUCUGCUUGUUCUUGCUUGUUUUCCAUGUGUUUUUAACCCUUUUACUCCCAUGAUCUCAAUUAGGAGAAUUUGGUAUUGGAUUAACUAUUACUCCCCUGAUUGAGGUUUUUGAAUGAAUGAAUGGAAACUUUAUUAAUGUGUCUGUGUUUUUAGCUGUAAAUUAGCUAAUUGGGGACACCUAAAUAUAGUCAAUAGCCAAUAACUAGUGUACAAAAAUUAAUAAGUAAAUGUUUAAAAUACUUGUUGACAGCAUAAUAAUAAAUACUAUGAAAUGAUAUAAAAUGAUUCUGUUCACGAUUUACAUAGUUUGUAGCAAGUGAUUUAUAUAUUGCUUGUAGUGCACCCUCCUGUACCUGCACAAUCUUCCUACUUUUGGAUGACUUGCAAAAAUUACAUACAAGGUGGCAGUAAGUUAGAUGUGGUAAUAUGGCACUCUUGUACAAUGUUAACUUGGCGUUACAUGGAAGAAGAUUGCACACAUGCACUAAUAAUCCUACGUUUCUGCAAGCUCUAGUGCAUAGGUUGCUGAUAUGACCUGUGAAGUUAAGAUUUUCAUUGAUGUAGAUGCCAAGCAAUUUUAUUUGUUCUGUUUUCUUGAUUUCCUGGUUGACAAUGUUCAGAGCUCUGUCACUAUUCAUGGCAUUGAUAUUUUUUGGAUUGAUGGAUAAGGGUUGGAACUUCUCUGGGUUUUCUUUAUCCUCAUCACUUGUUUGCUUGAUGUUGAAUUGAUAUUGUAAGGAGAAUUAUGUCUCAGUCACCCAUAAGAGUCAAUAUUGUAAGGAGAAUUAUGUCUCAGUCACCCAUGAGAGUCAAUAUUCUGAGGAGAAUUAUGUCUCAGUCACCCAUGAGAGUCAAUAUUGUGAGGAGAAUUAUGUGUCAGUCACCCAUGGGAGUCAGUAUUGUAAGGAGAAUUAUGUCUCAGUCACCCAUGAGAGUCAAUAUUGUGAGGAGAAUUAUGUCUCAGUCACCCAUGAGAGUCAAUAUUGUCAGGAGAAUUAUGUCUCAGUCACCCAUGAGAGUCAGUAUUGUAAGGAGAAUUAUGUCUCAGUCACCCAUGAGAGUCAAUAUUGUGAGGAGAAUUAUGUCUCAGUCACCCAUGAGAGUCAAUAUUGUCAGGAGAAUUAUGUCUCAGUCACCCAUGAGAGUCAAUAUUGUAAGGAGAAUUAUGUCUCAGUCACCCAUGAGAGUCAAUAUUGUAAGUAGAAUUAUGUCUCAGUCACCCAUAAGAGUCAAUAUUGUAAGUAGAAUUAUGUCUCAGUCACUCAUGAGAGUCAAUAUUGUAAGUAGAAUUAUGUCUCAGUCACCCAUGGGAGUCAAUAUUGUAAGUAGAAUUAUGUCUCAGUCACCCAUGAGAGUCAAUAUUGUAAGUAGAAUUAUGUCUCAGUCACCCAUGAGAGUCAAUAUUGUGAGGAGAAUUAUGUCUCAGUCACCCAUGAGAGUCAAUAUUGUCAGGAGAAUUAUGUCUCAGUCACCCAUGAGAGUCAGUAUUGUAAGGAGAAUUAUGUCUCAGUCACCCAUGAGAGUCAAUAUUGUAAGGAGAAUUAUGUCUCAGUCACCCAUGAGAGUCAAUAUUGUAAGUAGAAUUAUGUCUCAGUCACCCAUGAGAGUCAAUAUUGUAAGGAGAAUUAUGUCUCAGUCACCCAUGAGAGUCAAUAUUGUGAGGAGAAUUAUGUCUCAGUCACCCAUGAGAGUCAAUAUUGUAAGGAGAAUUAUGUCUCAGUCACCCAUGAGAGUCAAUAUUGUGAGGAGAAUUAUGUCUCAGUCACCCAUGAGAGUCAAUAUUGUAAGGAGAAUUAUGUCUCAGUCACCCAUGAGAGUCAAUAUUGUAAGUAGAAUUAUGUCUCAGUCACCCAUGAGAGUCAAUAUUGUAAGGAGAAUUAUGUCUCAGUCACCCAUGAGAGUCAAUAUUGUAAGGAGAAUUAUGUCUCAGUCACCCAUGAGAGUCAAUAUUGUAAGUAAAAUUAUGUUGCAGUCACCCAUGAGAGUCAAUAUUGUCAGGAGAAUUAUGUCUCAGUCACCCAUGAGAGUCAAUAUUGUAAGGAGAAUUAUGUCUCAGUCACCCAUGAGAGUCAAUAUUGUAAGUAAAAUUAUGUUGCAGUCACCCAUGAGAGUCAAUAUUGUAAGUAAAAUUAUGUCUCAGUCACCCAUGAGAGUCAAUAUUGUAAGUAGAAUUAUGUCUCAGUCACCCAUGAGAGUCAAUAUUGUAAGGAGAAUUAUGUGUCAGUCACCCAUGGGAGUCAAUAUUGUAAGUAAAAUUAUGUUGCAGUCACCCAUGAGAGUCAAUAUUGUGAGGAGAAUUAUGUCUCAGUCACCCAUGAGAGUCAAUAUUGUAAGGAGAAUUAUGUCUCAGUCACCCAUGGGAGUCAAUAUUGUAAGGAGAAUUAUGUCUCAGUCACCUAUGAGAGUCAAUAUUGUGAGGAGAAUUAUGUCUCAGUCACCCAUAAGAGUCAAUAUUGUGAGGAGAAUUAUGUCUCAGUCACCCAUGGGAGUCAAAGGGUUCAGAGAAGAAGAUAGACUGAUAUUAAGGGUGACAGGCACUUCAAUGUUUUUACCUGCUCUGUUGAGAAGCUUUGAGUAACUGCUGGGAAUAUUUGUUGUGCACAUAUGAAUUUUUUUAUCAUUUUGUUUCUCUAGCUCUGUGCACUUUAGAAAUUGACUCUUUGCAAUAAAAUUCAUCUUGAAUUUGCAAAUCAUCAAAAAUAUUCCUUUUAACAGAGUAACAAUAUACAGUUUCAUCAGUAACCUUAAAAAUGGCCUCUUCAUACUUCCAUCAAUUCUCUAAUUGACCCAAAAUAAGUGAACCCUUUAACUCCAAGGAGUGACCAAAACAGAAUGAGCAGGGGGGGGUAUUAACCCUUUACACCCUCACAUCAGCAUGCAUAUUCUCCAUACUGUCCUCUAUACAUUUUAUCCUGUGCUGACAAGGAUAAUUUUUUUAACAAUCAAGCGCUUGCUUAGUUGGUGAUCAUUUAAUUUAUUCUCAUGACCUAAAUUUGUGAUUUGAGGGUGAUAUUGUAUGGAGAAAUUAGAUGCUGGUCACUUUUAAGGGUCAAAGUGUUAAGGGUGUUAUUAAGAUGUCAGGUGAUUGAUAAAGGUGUGAAAACAGCUCUCACUUAGCUGCUGACUAUAAUUUGGUUAACCCAAAGAUUUCUUAUUACUGUGUAUGUUUACUGGUUGUUGUCAAUAACAAAUGGCAUUAAAUUGCGAUUAGAACAUUUGAUUAAAGAGGUACACAAGCUUCAGGUGAUUGAAAUUCCAUGAUGUUUUUACCACAUUUGUGGCAUCUUACAAGAUUUUUAAUUGAAAAGAUACAGACAUGGUAAAAUGCAACCUUUUUUAUUAGAUAUUUUAUACAACAAUCAAAAAAUAUGUUUCAAACUUUUUUCAUUGGUCGCUACUGUAUUUGGUAUUUUUUACCCAGUUGUUUAAAAAUUUUUCCUCUUUGAUCAUUUGAGUUGCCAAGAACAAAAUUUUUUUGCUAGCAAUUAAUUCAGUCAGAGUAAUUUCCAUAGUGCUCCUAGAAUCCAGUAAAAUCUACAUAAAUUUUCUCAUGUGCACUGUUGGGUGACUCGGAAAGUUUUUACAGUGUUCCUUAUUUUUCUUUUCUGAGAGUUAAGAGCCAAUGAUCACACAACAGAUGGUUUAUAGAGGUUUAACUAAGUUGACAAACUGCAUAUUUUAUACUCUCUCUGUUUUUAGUAUCAUGAAACAAUCAGAGAAGUUUUGGAUGCUGUGCAAGAUGAUGGGGCCAUAAUUGUACACAGUGGUGUGUAUGAUGAACAGCUGUCAAUCAGCAAGCCUGUUGUAAUCAUUGGAGCAGGUACACCACAAUGUUACUUAAUUAUUUCUAGAACCUUAGUAAAUAUUUCAUAUUUCUCUCAAGUGGUAUCUAAAUUAAUCUAUAACUUGCAAUGAAAGGUCUGUCAUUAACUAGAGUGUCUUCUCCGGUGGUCUCUACGUUGAUCUUUAACUUGCAAUGAAAAGUCUGUCAUCAGUUAGAGCUGCAUUUUAAUUCAUCAUUUAAACUUCCUACUGACUUGCCAAUCCAAAACUGUUCCCUCUGAUUACUUUUAAAGGGAAUUUGCAGGCAGCCACUGUCAAUGUAGAGAAAGGAAAUUUACAUCCUGUGGGUUUCACACUGCCCUCCCCCCUUAGCUCCCCAGUUUGCAUAUAAGGAGCCUCUCUAGACUAAGUGUGUCUUUCAACAUCAACGAUAAGGGAUUUUCAUGAUAACUGUCACUACUUGCUUUCCCCUUUCUAUUUUGUUGUUUGAUUCUUUUUCCAUUUUUCCUCAUUGGGCUCAUUCAAACCUGCGUGUGACAUCUUUAAGAUCCAGGGCGUAUAACUUGGAUUUUGAAGGAAGGCAUGAAGUGUCUUCCAAGGCAAGGUUCUGAAUUAUGGAUCAUGCUUGUCAUGAUACAUUUAUGAUUAUUAAAUGACUGUUUUUUAUCUCCACAUCCUAAGACAGACAAGACAUCAUGAAAAGUUAAGUUUCGGUUAACAUUUUAACCAGAAAUGAGCGACUUGCUCACGGGAUGGCUUCUUUUUUUAUCGACAGCUAAGAGCGAAGAUGAUCCUGUCGUCAUUCAGUGUGAUUCUUCAACAGUUGUUAGUUUUAUUGCUGGUUCAGGCAGCUCUUUCCUUGGGCAUGUCACCUUGAAGGUAUGUACAGAAAACUGCUCCAAGGGGUAAUGUCAAAAGAAUGGGGAACCUUACGGAAAAAUCGUCCUACGCGCGCUACUUUUAAAGAAACCGUGGAAAACUAUAUAUCACUGUAAAGCUUUUUAAGUAUGGAUUGCGGAAGUAACAUUUUUCGAAGUUUUGAUUUUGGUAAGCGCGCGCGAACCUUUAAACUCAACUCUUUUGUGGCUUUAUAUCUGACAAAUACUCUGGCCGAUUCUCACGAUAAUUUAUCAAAUCUACACUCCUUUUUUGGUUCGUUCAAGUAGAGGCAGUUCGCGUAAAAACAAACCUCGAAUUUUCGGCCUCCUAAGAAAUUCACAGUUUUCGCACCUCAUUUACGCGCGUGUCCAUGCGGUUAUGCCGCCGACGAAACCCAACAUCGAACCCCUUGGCAAAUCUCGUGACAAGGAACUCUUGAAAUUCGCGGGAAAGGUCAUUUUGCGAAACUGGGAACACGAAUUAAUAUGCAGAUCAAGAUCCCAGACGAGAGCCCGCGAAAAAAAGUCAACACUCUGCCGGAGGUCUUUCCUGUUAUGACACCUUUCGCUCUUGGGUACUAGUUACCCUGAAACACUCUUUCAGCCGUAUUUCGCGUUCUUCAUAAGAUUUUAAAAUUUUUUUGGUAAUUAAACUUAACUACUUUCUCUAACUAAAUAGCAAAAAAACGAAAUUUUUAAAAUCUUGGCUAGACUUAGCACAAAAAUUAAUAGCACUGCAUUACGCGUAUUUUUUGCCGCUGGAAGAUUUGAGACGAGUCGGGAGAGGUUUUUUGGGGGGUCUGGCACUAAGAAUGAUCAGUGCCAGACCCCUUGCAGACCUCUCGCUGUUUCUUGGAAAACUAAACCCACUUUUUUCAUUUCGAUGGACUUCCUUGUUCGCAGAAUUGCCCAAACGGUGAAUCUGAGGUGAUCAGAUCAGGAUGUGUGGAGGUUGUUGAUGACUGUGGUCCUACAAUCUACAACUGCAAGCUUAAUAGCCUUGCUAGUGGUAAGAGAGAGACAUUAGAAGUCAUUUAGACGUCAUAUUUAUAAUUUUUGUUUUUUUUUUAAAGUUCAAACAAACUUGUAGUAAUGUCAGUAAUAUGUGGGAAUCAGUGGACAGUUGAUUUUAUUUUUGUUCAUAGCUGGUGCCACAGUUUAUGUACAUGGAAGAGGAGCCAGACCGAUUUUGUCAAAAUGUUUUAUCUCAGACUCAGAAAAUGUUGGCAUUUUCAUCACAGAUGAUGCGCAGGUGAGAAAUAAUCCAAAAUUUACAGCAAAUUCUUGAACCCCUUUCCUUGCUGAAGACUUAUGGGGCCAGUUAUUCACCCCGUCCCGUGGUCUAACCCAAGCCGCGGUUUUACGUAAGCAGUGGGCCUCAGGUAUUCUCUAUAAGAGGGUUGAUUAAAUGAACUAAGUGUCCUUCCACUAACAGCUUUCGGCCCUCUUUUGGCUAAAUUGAAGAUAGCUAAGAACGCAGUUUUAUUAAACAACGGCUGAACUUUGUUUGAAUAACUGGUGUUAGAAGAAUUACUCUUUAACACUCGGUUGAAUUUUCUUUAUUUCCGGUUUGAACUCCUGGUACAAUUAUUACUCUCGGGAAGCAGCCCAGUAUUGAUCUUAUUCACCACCGUUCAACCUAUUUCUUUCGACAUAAGUCCAUACUGUUCUGCUUUGCUAUAUUCUCUCAUUGAGAAAUGCUGUGCACCAGCUUAUAAAGGUGACACCAAAGAUGACACUUCUAAGCUGUCAAUCUUCUUACAUCGCGAUCGCUCCGUUUCAGCCAGCGAAUCACGUUAGAGUACGUAGGACAGUUCCUGCAUACUAAGUAUGCACCUUCGAAUUGUUUACGCAAUCACAAAAUCAUCUUCUACCUUAAAUUUCUUAAUUUUACGGUUGAGAUAGGCCAGAACGAAGACAAGAUUGAUAAUAUAAAAAUUAUAAUUAACCUAUUGGUAGAAUUGAAAUUACGCUUGAAAAGAUAGUUUACGAGAAAAUAGCCUUAGAAGAUUGUUAUAUAACAAUAGAGUAAACAGAAAAUUCGGAGAAGAAGGGGUGUACCCAAGGUACCGCCCCUAAGAAAACUACGUGCUAUUCGCAUAAGUUAUAUAAUUACAAAUUCAGUGCGGAGAUGAAAAAGCAUAAGCUAUUUACAAUCAGAGUCACCUUUAAGAAGAGGUGUUGAAGGUCUUAACUUAAAAUUUAAGAAAUAUUCUGGAAUCGUGAAUUUGACUUAGAAUUUGACCAAAAAAAACCAGUCUGAUAGUAAUCAAUAGUAUAAGAAGCAGGAGUUUCCAGGAAUUCCUGUGCGAGGUUAACUUUUACCAGAGAGAUUUACAACUAGAAAAUUGACAUAAUUAAAAACAUAGUUUAUCACAAAAUAGUACAACAAGAUCUAAUCACCGUAGAAACGGAGCAACUGUUUCCGUACCAAAUUCACAACCGCAAUAAGAAAAAGGUGAAAAAGGUUAUAAUUUUUGUAUCGAAUGGCUUAAAGUAAUAUAAUAUUUCCAUUUUUUUUCCCAACACCAAUAUAUGGAAACCCUUACAAUAUUUCAGGUUAAAUAUAGUUCUAUUUUUAUCGUUUAACACUAGUCCGUGGACUGUACUCAAGUGUGGGUCAUCAAAAGACAUAAGGGAUUUCAUACCAGAGCUUUUACCCCGUACGGCAGAGCAGGAAAUGAAUUGACAAAAUCAUUCAUGACUUACCCUGUUACGAUAUCGUAUUGGAGACCCCCACUACAUCAUUUUGACGAGUUUUCAAGACAGUUUGCGUGGUCUUUAUCAAUACUACUGAGUGGAAAAGACCAUGUAAGAGUAGGACCUUACUGUAAUGACCCAGCCAAGGCUUGUGCCUAGACCUCUCAAACCGGAGGCUAGCACGCGAACUACUGGGCCGUUGUCUUACUGGUAGAAGAAAAAGAGAAAGCUGAACAUGCCUUUACACUUUUGAUUGUAACUGUUUCACAGGGAACGUAUGAAGACUGCGAGAUUACAAACAUCAAGUUGGCAGGGGUGUGGGUACGGAAUCAUGCCAGUCCUAUCAUGAGAAGGAAUAAAGUGCAUCAUGGCAGAGAUGUCGGCUUCUUUAUCUUCGAUUAUGGAUUGGUGAGUUUUUUCGCAGACUAUUUCAAUAUUUUAAUAUCUCUGUCAUUCAACAUCCCAUAUAAUGACAUAGCGCGCGGUCUUUAGGUCUUAUUUAACCAUCUUGGUCUACAUCUCUUUUUAAGAUAAGCAGAAUUACGCACGCAUUUGAUCGGAUCUUACGUAUGAUCAAGAUAAUAUUCACUUGGUAUGAUCCAUUGAGGACAGACGCAUAGAUGACAUCGCCAUAAAUUACAUUUUGCCUUUUUAUCAUAUAAGACAAGUGAGUCUGUUAAGUAUUACUUCACAGAUGACGUCAAAAUGUGGUAAGAACUAGAACUGAAAGGCACACGAGACGCUGCGCAAUAGAUCAUAAGUUAGAACCAAUCAAACUACGUGUACAAAACAGCUUAUCAUAUAAUUCUUGAGAGGCACGGCCGUGUGAACUUGGUGUGCGCGGUGGCAUUUUGCCUCCAGUUUAGCUGCGCGUUCUUGUUUGUGGGAAAAAACUAGCGAAGAAAUGUGUAUGCAGUACACCUGAAACUUCCUCUACUAGUAUAUACUAACUCUUCUUCAGGUUUUCGGCUUUUGUCAAGCCCUAAAAAAAUUGAAGAACAUUUAUUUUGAGCUUUCAUUAAAGAAUCUACAAUUGCUCCUGGAUGCGCCUCGAGCAGUUCCUCAUCUUCGGCCGUUUUAAAGGGCUGCUGUUUGUCACACUACAGACUAAUAAAAUAGUUCUUGUAAUUGCAGGGCUACUAUGAAGGAAACGAUGUUUACAACAACCGUAUAGCCGGAUUUGAGAUUCGGUCACACGCCAAUCCAACAGUCGUGGGAUGUAAAAUACACCACGGUAUGACGGGUGGCAUAUACUGUCAUGACGAUGUAAGUACACUUUGUUUCAUUUACAUUGCAAAUAUAUUUGUGUGUUUUAAAAACUUAAUGGUGUAUAUUUAACUAACAGGCACGUGGUGAAUUCCUGGAAAAUAAGAUAUAUUCUAACACAUACGCUGGAGUUUGGAUCACAUCACAGAGCAAUCCAACCAUAAAGUAAGAAAGAUUUUCGUGUUCUUCUGUUUAUUAGAUUGCAAAAUUUCUUCAUUAGUCUCCUUGUUCGAAAUCUCUCACGUCUUUUGGAUUGAAAAAAAACUUCGCACGCAAAACUUGUCAAUAUUCAAUGCCGGGGAAAAUUUGUCCAAAGUAGGUGCGCACUCAUCAUGAGUACACCUUGAAGGAAGUGCCUUCUAAUAGCGCUGCAGACCGCGCGUUUCUCCGCUCGCGGGAACAAAUGAGACGAAUAUCGGUAAGGUUUGGCGGGGGUCCCUGUCCCUGGCAGACAUCUAGUUGAGUUGCAUUGCUCAAGGCCUCAUAUACUAUCCCACGAGUGAAGAAACGCCCGUCCCGAAGUGCUUAUGGUGAGCGCAUGCUCACAGGCUGCACUUGGCAUUACCUCAAUUUCUUGAAAAGCAACUAUUUAAUCUGUGAUUUUGCUAUUUUUUGCAAACUCUGCACAAACUCCGGAAUGGUUAGUUCUUCGUUGUACAGUAUGAGAGGUUUACCAUUUCGCUUCUAGCUUCUCCUUGACAAGAUUACGGUUCAUUGUAAACUUGCUAACUACUUCAAUUUAUUGUAUUUUAGAAACAACGAGAUCUACGAUGGACAACAAGGAGGUGAACGACACUUUUUGUAUCUGAAUUGCUUUGUUGUUGUCGUUACUGCUUUUUUUUCCGUGAUCGCGCUCAUCAAUACACCAUGAAAUUGACAUGAUUAUGAACAUUGCGAAACUCGAUAUAAAUGCACUGAAAACAUGUAAAUAAAAGUUAAUCACCAUCAUGUUUCUUUAGCGCCAUUGUUGUGAACUGGGAACUUAAUCAAGAUUUCUCUUUAAAUCCAAGCUACCUUUAUUUGACUUGAUUUAUAAUCUUACGAAGGCAUUAAGGUCUCGUUUGUCUCUUGUAGGAGUUUAUGUAUUCGGCGAAGGAAAUGGAUUGAUUGAAGGAAAUAACAUUCAUGGUUUGUAUUGAUUUUGUCUCUUAGUCCCUACUUCAAGUUUGUCAAACAGAUUGUUCAAGUAAUCAUUUGUGCCAAGGUUUUCUCGAUUAAGUGCAACAAAAGCAAAAUUAACCACGACAGUCAAUUGGACCUGAAAGAAAACAUGGAUCAAUGUUAGUAUCUGAGCAACUGCAUACCUACCCCACCCCUAACCCAACAGUAACCCUAACUUGUUAUCAGUUGACUGUUUUUGGGUUAGGGGAGGGGUAAGUGUGCUAUCGGUUAUUAACAUUUAUCCCGAAACAAGCUCAACCUACCUGAAGUGCGUGAUAACGCGAGUGAUCGAGUCGUGAUUUUGCGUCUCAUUAGCUGAGGAUGGCGUGAGUUUUAAGAGAGGUUGUCAGUAAUUUUCGAGAAUCCGGUGACAGAAGCAAAAAUUCAACUUUUUUUUGUAUUUGCUCCAAAAGACCCUUUGGUGAAUCGUUUUCAAAAAAAAUAUUCAAAAGUUCGAGCGAGUUUUUAUUUUGGAAAAAAAAUACGAAAGUUCGAAAUCGGCCAAAACUUACCUAAUUUGCAUAAUUUCUAUUGGGCUUUUAGUGCAUUUUCACAACGCUCGUACGAGACAAUGAAAAAUUAUCUUGGAUUUAUUUUUUCAUAAGUUGUUUUUCAUCCCUUGGAGUAGCUUUGCAACUAUAUUUCAUCUCCAACUGAACUUUUCGUUUGUAACCACCCGCGUAAAGUACACUAUCUUUUCUAUUCCGUUUGUACGCUGAAUUUUACUAUAUUUCAGACGACCAUAACAUCGAGGGUAUACAAAUGUACAUAAAAUAAAAGAGCUCUUUUCCACGAGAAAUUCUUCGUGUUUAUCAUGUAAAAAUAUUAUUUUUGGCCCGUGAAAAGCGAGCGCGCCAGACCAAAAUAUAUAGCGCGCAUUUUCACGGAGUUAGGCCAAUAAUUGCUGUACUCCUACUGCAAAUCGCACGCUAUUGGGACAAAACUCGACGUGUUUGGUUUCUACUUCAGUUUUGAUUCAUUUAAACAUAUCAAUUUUUAAUUAAAAAUUAACCUACCUUCAUUGUUAAGUGAACAAACCACCGUUUCAGGUAAAGUUUUUGAGUUGAUUUUUCUCGAGUGCUAAAUAAACAAAUCGCUGUUUACAAAGAUACCAGCUCUGUCGACGUGUUUUUAGCUGAAAUUGGCCUGUCGCAUAUAUUGUUGUUUAAUUUACAAUCUAUCCCACUGGCAUUACUUUAGAGUAAAUUACAUGUAACUAUAAAUGUUGUUGUAAAUACGUGAGCGUGAUUUAGAUAAAAUCUUCGCACACAUAAAAUAUUCGAAACAUGUAGUUGUCCCAUGAAAAUACUCACUAAAUUGUGCAUGAACCUUGUGUGUACAUUCGGUGUUUCGCUCGGUUGCUUUUAUAGAUUUCUACCACUGUCACUGUGAUUAAAAUAGUAUGUUUGUGUAGUUCACGUGUUUAGAUACAUUUUCAAAUCAACUGUAGGUUGGAAUUCUGUUGGUAAAAAUUGUCGAAGAAAUCCGAGAAAAAUGGCAUGUAGCACCGGGCAGUCGUGCUACAUUCCAUCUCACCGAUUUCAACGAAACUUUGCCAGGUUAAAGGAUCUACCCUAAAACUAAAAAAUACAAACUGGUUUCUGCUUUGGUUUUUUCCGGGGGAAUAUAGACCACCACCCCCCCCCCCGGUUUUUCUUGAUCCUUAGUUAAUGUCCACCUCAAGUAUCAGUCAAUUUGAUUGACGGCUUGUCAAUCAACAGAGGCAAAUAAACGACUGAGUUUUUAGACUUUUCGAUUCAUCCAAAUAUUUGACAACUUUGAAAAGUGAGAUGCAAAGAUCUUCUUUUUUUUUUUUUAGCUUAAUAGCAGCUGUACCCUCUCCUGCAGUCUUCGUCUAAAUUUGCAAGGUCACUCCUUAUCUUCAGCCUUGUUAGAGGCGGUUGCCUUACUAGUUUCCUCCCCUGUCCAGUUCAUGUCAAGGAGAUAAAUCUUUGCUUUCUGAGAAAAGGUGGCUGGUUUUUGUGUUUUCCUAAGAGCCCAUGCAAAGUCCAUUUGGCUAGUUAGGGAUGUUUCGUCAGAAGUUUACCUGAGGUCCGACCUUGAACGAAGCCACCCCCUUUAAAAUGGCAAGCCGGUCUUCGUCUAUUUUCUCUUAAUCUUAUCAUAGGCGGAUUUUUUUGUCAGCUUCACUGUGUUUGCCUUUGUUAGGGUGCUUUUGGAUGGCAGCCAAUGACUGAAACGUCUUGAUACAUCCUUCCUCUUAGCAAGAAUAUCUCGCUUUCUUGUUCUGUCUGUGACGGAUUGGAUAUAGUUCUCGCGAUGGCCCGCGUUCAGGGAUCUGUGCACGUUGCUGAUAACCACCCACUUCUACGAUUAGUUUGCUGAAGGUUUCUAAUGUAAUGAGCCUAUUGAGACCCCGAGGUGCUCCAAACUGUGCCAGUUGGUCUGCGCUAUAAACUUGUCGCAGUUUUAAAGUCAGAGGGAGGAUCGCCCACCUCUAUUUAUGUGAGCGUCUCUACAGUACCUGCGUAUCCCUAGAAAUCAUAUGAUAUAAAGUUCAUUUCAGUCACAAAUCAUUAGUUAGGAAAACUGAUGCUCAGAUGAGCGCUCUUCUUGCCCUUCUUCCUUAUUAAUUGCUGACUCUAGGAUAGCAGUUACAGUACGCGUUCUAUUAGGUUUACAGUCACCUUGCCACUAGGAAGACUCGCCACCAGCUUUGAUUUCUUCUGCCAUCUUCAGAUUCACCUCUCUCUCAACUUUACGUCUCUGAUUUUUAUGACGAGGAUACUGGCAUUUACAAACCCGAAGGUCUGAAUCUCAUACCAAGUUGUGCACGGUAUUUGAGGCAUAUCGUGAAAUCGCGGCCUUCGUAAUCUCCAAAUAAGCCAAUACGCGCUAGAAUAAGCUUCUUCUCGGACGAAACGCAUGUUUGGGAUACAUUGACGCCUCUCAAAUGUUUUUUUUUUAUGCUGCACACCCACGAGUUUAGAGGUGUGAGGUGUUGCCGUCCCUGGCCAGCGCGAGAAUUGAGAGCUUUCUAGACACUCGAUUACUUAUAUGGCAUCACUAUGAAGACGUAAUACAACUGAUACACCUACACUACAUAGGAUUAACAAUGUCUGUUGCGCUGUUGCGAGAGGGAGGAAAAUAUUACCGGCAGUGUGAAUUCUUUAAGAGUUUCAGAGACUUUUCAGAGAUGUCUGUUUUCGGCUGUCACAAAAAAUUGACCCUCUCUUAAAUUUACUGGGGAAAAUGAACUUACAAACUCCUUACAAACAAUUUUGCUUUUUCCUCGGGCUGUUAUAAAACAGGUCAUAAAUUGACCGGUGAAUAAAAUAUUUUGAAAUAUCGUUCAGAAUUUGCCUUUUUUUGCGUGCAAAUCAAGGGUAGACAAAGUUUAUAAAACAUUUGACAAGAAUUUCAUGGGGUUCACCUCGAUAAUUUUCGUCGGCCAGAGUUAAUUUUCUAAAGAAUAAAUGUGGCGAGCGUGGGGAAACGCACAUUUUUUUUUCAUUAUUGUGAUCAAAGCCCAAUGAUGUACCUAAAUUGGUACUUACGGUAUCAAACCAUUGAUUAUUUUUCUGUCGAGUUCCACGUGACUUCACAUUAAAAGCGUUUUUGAAACAAACUAGUCAGCAUCACCGCACGAACUGAGAAAGUAAAAACUUGUAUUUAUCUCCCACGCGUUUCGUCUGACAAGAGUAGAGUUUUAAAAUGGAAAAUGCAGAUAAUAUUUGCAGUCAAAAAACAGGCAAACAAGAUGACAGAAGGAUAAAGAACUUUCUGGAGGUGUCUUCUUAAAAAAAAAAAAAAAAAAAAAACAAUUUUUACUUAUCAUGAAAGGUCAAGCAGUCACGCUACAAAUACUAUUUCUGCGUGGAAUUUCUUGAUGGUGGAAAGUGGAAAAACCAUUUUCCAGUCUUAUUUUCUGGAAACAUGGCGCAGUUAAUGAAUUUUAUGGGGCUAUUGAUAUUUCCUAUCAAAUAAGGGGGCAGAGUUUCCCGUCAUCCGCGUUCUGGAAAAGCCGAAGUUGUUACACUCGGGAACUUGCACAUCAACAAGCACGCGACAUGUGAAUUUAAAAUCUCCUCCUGUUACAGUUUCCUUAUUGUGAACUGUGCGAUAAUGAUAAUAAACAAUCAAGUUGUAGACUAAUGAAUGUUUUGGUUUUGUACAAGUGCCCUAUUUCCUGAUUUUAGCAAACGCUACGAUUUUCCCAUCGAUUUUUCAAUUAAAAACACGUCGACAGAGCUGGUAUCUUUGUAAACAGCGAUUUGUUUAUUUAGCACUCGAGAAAAAUCAACUCAAAAACUUUACCUGAAACGGUGGUUUGUUCCUUUAACAAUGAAGGUAGGUUAAUUUUUAAGUUAAAAAGUUGAUAUAUUUAAAUGAAUCAAAACUGAAGUAGAGACCAAACACGUCGAGUUUUGUCCCAAUAGCGUGCGAUUUGCAGUAGGAGUACAGCAAGAAAAUGGCCUAACUCCGUGAAAAUGCACGCUGUAUAUUUUGGUCUGGCGCGCUCGCUUUUCACGGGCCAAAAAUAUGGUCGUCUGAAAUAUAGCAAAAUUCAGCGUACAAACGGAAAAUAGAAAAGAUAGUGUACUUUACGCGGGUGGUUACAAACGAAAGAAAGUUCAGUUGGAGAUGAAAUAUAGUUGCAAAGCUACUCCAAGGGAUGAAAAACAACUUAUGAAAAAAUAAAUCCAAGAUAAUUUUUCGUUGUCUUGUACGAGCGUUGUGAAAAUGCACUAAAAGCCCAAUAGAAAUUAUCCAAAUUAGGUACGUUUUUGCCAAUUUCGAACUUUCGUAUUUUUCCAAAAUAAAAACUCGCUGGAACUUUUGAAUAUUAUUUUUGAAAACGAUUCACCAAAAGGGUCUUUUGGAGCAAAUAAAAAAAAAGUUGAAUUUUUGCUUCUGUCGCCGGAUUCUCGAAAAUUACUGACAACCUCUCUUAACGACCAAUCACAGCGCGCAGCAAAGGGAAACUAGUGCAGUUUGUAAAACUCUUGACACUCAAUCCAAAGUUGUUCUUCAGGUAACUCACUGGCAUGACUGAUAGAUGCUACAACAAUUCAUAUGACGGAUUUUGUGAAACUUCCUCGGUAACUUAUCAAGAUGUUCUUUGGUUUUUCCCCGUUCAGACAAUGCACUGGCCGGAAUCCAGAUCAGAACUAAGAGUAUUCCUAUUGUUCGUUGCAACAGAAUACACAGCGGACUUCACGGGGGAAUUUAUGUGGUAAGUAUUUACAAAAGGCCAGUGCGGGAAACUAUUGAUAUUGUAUUACAUGAUGAGCUGAAUUGUACUCGCUUUUUUACUGGGUCUUACUUAUCACCUAUUGGAGGAUAGACACAAAGAUGAUGUCACAAUAUACGGCAUUUUGUUUGUUGUCAUAUGAAACAAAUAGAUUUAAGUUGCUGUGCUUCUGUACAGUAAUAGACCACAGAAGAUGUCGAUGUGAUGAGAACGUCCGUGGUACUCUCGGCUGCGUCUUGUGUGCGACAUUUUUGUUUUUAUUACAAAUUGUCGUCAUCUGUGAGUUAUGUUCUCAAAGAAAUAAUCAAAAAUCAUUUAUAAUUCUACGUUUGUGCCCUGUUCCGCGACUUUGUCUUUUGCAAUCCGCGUUAAUCUUCUCCAUCCUUUGUUACACUUGUUCUUCUUGUUCUAGUAUUGCCUUCUUCGGGUUUUUUUUAAUACCCAAACAGAUAUUUUGUAUCGCUGCGUAGCCCUAUCGAAAUAACUCAACAAAGAUCCCUCUUCACCCAGGAUGUGCUCACUUGCAUUUCUGAACCACGAACAAAAAAUGGUAUUUUCUCCUUUUGUGUGCCGCUAUGACAAAAACAGCGAUUUUGGAUCAGAUUUACCGGCUUCGCUUACGAUGAAUGUCGUCGUUUUUAUUCUCAGCACGAGGAAGGCACGGGACUCAUAGAGGACAACGAAAUCAACAAUAACACCCUUGCGUCUUGCUGACUUAAUAAAAUAGGUCAUGGAAGAGUUUAGCAGGUAAUUUAGUGUUAACAACUGAGUUGAAAACGUAAAUUAGCCACCGUAAAGAGUAAAAAAAAACUGACGUUUCGAGCGUUAGCCCUUCGUCAGAGCGAUUGGAGGAAUUGUGGGUUGUGUGUGGAUUUAUAUGCAGAAAGUGGAGCUACGCCAUUGGUGGGAAUAUGGUGACGAGAAAACAGGAAUAAAUUAGUUGAAUGAAAAGCGCUCAUUGAUUCCGUGGGGAUUAAGGGUGCCGAUUUGGAAGAUAAAUUUUUGUUCUAGUGUUUUACGGCUUUCCGAACUGCCUAGAUGUAAGGAAAGGCUGCAAACUGCCAUAUGCUGUUUAGAAUGAUUAGGAAGAUUAAAGUGUCUAGCGACUGGUUUGGAUGCGUCCUUGUCAUUUCUUUCCACGUCGCGAAGGUGUUCUCGGAAUCGGUCACCUAGUCGUCUUCCUGUUUCGCCGAUGUAUAACUUAUUGCAAUAAGUGCAAGUUAUGCAGUAAAUAACAUUGGCGGAGGUACACGUAAAGUGAUCAGUGAUCUUAAUGGAUCUCUUGGGUCCCGAUAUUUUCUCUACGUUAUGAAUGAAAGGACAAGUUUUGCAUCGUGCACGAGCGCAUUUAAAAGUUCCAGAUUGGUCAUUGGUUUGAAAUGAACUCCUGACUAAAAAGGUUGCCUAUGUUUUUGUCACGUUUGAAUGAAAUAAGUGAGGGUUGCGAAAAGAUAGUGACAUUUAAAAUUUAAAAUUUUUAAGAAUGAUAGAUUUAACUGCGUGGUUGUGAGGGUGAAAUGUAAGAGUAAAUGAAUGCGGUCAAUGUUUUCCUUCUCAGCCGUUUGUAGUGCUGACUGUCGAUCGAUUUGUUGAAAAAUUUCAAGUGCGUGUUGGCUGUUCUUAAUGUAAGACGGUAAGUUUUGACGAUAGGCGCCAUAAUUUUGUCUAAAUAGCUGGAAAUAAGUUCGGUGGGACAACUGCAGGCAGAAACGAUGGGUCGACCUGGGUUGUUAGGUUUGUGGAUUUUAGGUAAAAAGUAAAUACACGAAGUUCUAGGAGUGGUAAUGAUGAGAUUUUUAGCAGUGGCCGGCAAUUCUUGUUUAGCUAUAAGAUCGUUAAUCGUAUUUUUGACAAUGUUUUGGUUAAUAAAAUGGAGAUCUUUGUCGACUUUAGCAUGAAAGGAGGUGUCAGAAAGUUGCCGCAAAGCUUCUUUUUGGUAGAGGUCGGCCCGCCAAACAACAACUGCGCCGCCUUUGUCGGCCGCCUUAAUGACUAUGUCUUUGCGUUUUUUAGACUUUUUAGUGCCGACCACUCUUCCGAAGAAAGAUUGGAAAAUUUGGUGUCAUGAUUGAAUUUAAGUUUGUUGAUAUCGUGGCGACAUUUUUUGAGGAAAAAAUCUAAAGAUGAGAACUGGCCUUCUGGGGGAGUCCAUUUAGACUUUCGAAUCUGGAGUGUUUCGAAAGUAUCUUUGUUCGAGGUGUUAGAAUCAUCCUCUUUGUCAUGAAAAGAGGCUUUUAACUGAACGCGGCGAAGGAAUUUUUCAACGUCUUGCUUAACUGAAAAUUCGUCGGUUUUUUUGGAUAUGGGAACAAAAUUUAAGCCCUUGCUGAGAACUGAUUUUUCUGAAUCGGAAAGUAGUAAAUUUUCUGGAAUGGUAACUACAGUUUUGAGGUUUUCAGGCGAUGAGUCGUAAGUAAUUUGGCCCUCCUUACAUCUAGGCAGUUCGGAAAGCCGUAAAACACUAGAACAAAAAUUUAUCUUCUAAAUCGGCACCCUUAAUCCCCACGGAAUCAAUGAGCGCUUUUCAUUCAACUAAUUUAUUCCUGUUUUCUCGUCACCAUAUUCCCACCAAUGGCGUAGCUCCACUUUCUACAUAUAAACCCACACACAACCCACAAUUCCUCCAAUCGCUCUGAAGAAGGGCUUUUAUCCUAUAACUUGGUGCAGACUGGUGAAUUUCAACUGGAAAGUAUUCCUAAAACACUGCAAUGAAAAUAAUGCCUACAUGGAAACCAUCUAAAGUCUCCAUCACUGAUGUUCUCUUUGCUUUCCCUUGCGUAUAGGAAGUACACCCACGCUCAGAAACAACAGGAUCCACAGUAGAAAACAGGUAGAACUCGUCCACAUUAGCUACGUACAUUAACAGAUUAUAGUUUCCCGAUGGUAAUGCCAUUAAAUGUUUAAAAGACAACUUCAUUAAAAAUUGUUAUUGUUUAGGAUUUGCUUAAUCUUGCUCUGAACAAUUGAAAUCAACAUAAAUAAGAGUUCUUUUCGAAUUUUUUAAAUUAGAUGAAACUGAUAUUGAAUCUAAAUGAAUAGAAAGAAUACUUGUCUUGAUGAACUCCCUUGGGAGCUUAUGCACUCUCUCUAUGUUUUAGCUUGCAGCUGAGCGUACCUAAACUGGACAUAACAAGCAAACAAUUCUGUGAAACGCUAACACUCUGCACCUUAAAUAACCAAAGGACACGAAGAGACAAAAUUCAGCCAUAACCGUCAGAAAUUGACGCACAUCCUAGGACUGGGGACAAACAACUGCACUUGAGGGUAAAGCACAAAGCUAAAUCGAGUUUAACCGGUUUGGUCGAUUUGAAAUUGUAAAACACGUCCUAAGUUUUAAACUAAGUAAACAUAAAAAAGUGCACCGUAAUUGUUAAAUGAAAGGCUUAUCUUAAAUUUAAAAAGUAUCAAAUUAACUUGCCUACAUUAUCCUCUAAACUAAUUUUAUUUCUAUUCGUUUAUCAAACAUGUAUCGUUUGACUGACCUUAUUAUGAUGGCUUCAUAAAUUUUAAACUUAGUUUCAAUUUUAAAAAAAUUGCUGAAGCUUGUUACAAUCAAGUUACGUCAUUUAAAAUGAAACGUGAAUUCUUAAAUGUCCCGUAAAUAUUUUUAAAAGGCAAAGUGUUUAAAAGCAAACUUUUAAAUCUUAUUUUUGAGAAAUUUAUUCACUUUAAUGCCAGUGUCACUAAGGUGAUAAACUUGUCUUCGUCAAGUGUCCAGUCUGCCUUUUCAGCCCAUGUAUUACGUUCUGCGCCAUUUCUUUUGAUUGUUACUGUCGCUAACUUAUUCGAAAUAAACUGCUCCUCUGAAGUAGGUUGGGGUACCUUACCUUAAAGAAAGGAUGAGCACAUACUUGUUUGCAAAAUCAAAAUAAAACUAUGCGAGUGUGGACGCUGACAAAACUGCGAGCAACCCAAACUAGUGUUGCCUUUUUGCGUGUUGUGAAGUGUAUAGGCUACGAUUCUCCAUAUAUUAGUAAAGCGUCAAAACGUUAUGGAAGGAAACCUUAGGCGAGUUUGUUAAUGAAGGAGCAUGCAGUGAGACAGCUGACAUGGCUCUUCAGUGGGGAGGAACGGCGGAAACGGAGAAAUGUGAGGAGACAGGGAUUCUCCUCCUUCCCCCCCUCUGUUCCUCAGUUAUUUGUCCCACUCAUACUUGGGAGCUUGACUUCGGGCAAAGCUCAAUGAAGCAAGCUUCAAACGGCCUCACACCCCUGUGUGGUGCUUAAGUCAACUGAGCCUCUAGACCAACUGCGAGAUAAACCAGCUCUCACUUCGAACGAGCUUUCUAUUUUACUAACUUCGUGUACUUAUCAUGAAAUGUCUUGUGUACUUUCCUUGCUGUAGAUCGGGCAGCAAUCCCUGUAUCAGAAGAAAUAAGAUUUGGGGAAGACAGAAUGGUGGCGUUCUGGCCUACAACGGAGGUAGAGUAUUUACAAAAGUAACACACUAUGCCUUGGCUCUGAGCAAUUCAUAUCGCCGUCCUCUAUUUGUUUAUUUAUUACGCCUUAAAUCAGAAACAAACCAAGAAAGAAAAGAACUUCGCUUCAGUCGUUUGAUUUCUUUCUUUAUUCAAGGUCUUGGUCCGGAACGUGCCGUGUAGAGUUAGGGAUUCAUUGGGGCUGGAAUUGUGUACUCUUAAACCCUUUCGACAUACCACGGCUAAUUUAACCUUUUAUAUCUUAAUUAUUUCUCCCUCUUAUGAGCAACACAUUUCUUUGUAAAUUUAGUGGUAGAAAUGAAACUUUCAAGCUGCUCCGUUUUUCUAUUCUCCUAUCUUUGUGCUGGACAAUAUGUUGUUCCAAGGACAAGUUAGUUUCGAGUCACUCCAGGAAAAUGAACGGGUCAAUCAUUGUUGAAGAGAAUACCUGACCUGGGGACCGUUUCUCAAAAGUCCCGAUAACUUAACGGCCCAGGAGCCAUAUUCUAAAAUCAAAAGUUAUUGAAAUGGGAAGCAGGCUCUGGUAACCUGACCAGUCCAUUUUGUUUCUUUGGCUGCUCGUUUUCUUGUAUAAUUCUCACAACUUUUCGAAACCUCCAUUUUGAAUAUAAAAACAGAACAGCUUUACGGGCCCGUUGGUUUAGUAGGGAGUUUAAGAAACGACGGCGGCGACGCCGUGAACAAAGUCGGUUAAAAAAUGAACUUAUAUUUUGCCUGCGAAUCUCGCGAUACUAUGAAGUCAUUUGGUUUGUCAAAACUAUUUCGAAACUGAAUAUGGAACACAGCGUUACAUUAGAAAUAGCAAUUUAAAAAAUUAGUCGUCGUCGUUCACGUUCUCAAGGCAACGCCAAGUUUGGUCUUUUCACGUUGAUGUUUCGCAGAGGACUCAAAGAAAUGUACAAAGAUUUAUAAAGCACGUGCACAGCCAUUGUUCUGCUCAUUAAACUUUUUUGUUAGUGACGUUGCUUUGGGCGGCCGUCACCACCAAAAAUACAAGGAUGUCAAAUAGAUCAGCAAAUACAAAGCUGGUUUAAGGAUGAGCUGCAGGAUAGAAUAGCUAAUAAAGUAAUGGCAUGGCCAAAUUCUAGACGGUUUAGUUUUCCUUCAUGAAACAGAACACCCUAAACAUGAAUAGUUUAGCCAAAUGAUAAACGGUCUAGUUGCCUAUGUCGAGUUGGAACAUGAAAUUGUGAAAUGGACUGGCUCGAUUACGAAUAGCUUAGCACUCAUUUGUAAUACAGUACACAAACGGUGUAGCGUUGCGUCAAAUGGCACAGGGUAAUGUCGAGUAGCACAGCGUACGCACAAACGGUGUAGCGUUGCGUGAAAUAGCUCGGCGUAAUGUCGAAUGGCACAGCGUACAUACAAACAGUGUAGCGUUGCGUGGAAUGGCUCAGCGUAAUGUCGAAUGGUACAGCGUGCACACAAAUGGUGUAGAGUUGCGUGAAAUAGCUCAGCGUAAUGUAGAAUGGUACAGCGUACACACAAAUGGGGUAGCGUUAUGUCGAAUAACUUUGUAGAACAUCAGACGCUCUAUCUGAACAUUAAAUUGCUUAGCAUUACACGAAAUAUUUCGAUGUUGUGGCGAAUCGUCGAGCUUGCUCGUGGCGUGACGUGUCUCGCCGAAACCACCAAAAAUACAAACCGCAAAUGGAACAGUGAUCUGCUGGGGGCAUGACGUCAUCGAAUGUGAAGACUGUCGCGAAAUCAUCAGAUGGUGUAGUCGCUGUGUUGAAGAGUCUUCACUUCGCCUUGCCGUAAAGCAGAGCCAAUUCAGUGAGUUUCUCCUUUUUUUCCCCGCCGAUAUUGCAUUUAUUCGUUGUCGUUCGUGAAAGCGUUAAUUAAAAUAGCAACGAGACUGGAUUUUUUUACGGUUUGCCGGCCUCCCGGUCUACCACAGUUUGCAUGCGUUGGUGAGCCUGAAUGUUCAUAGUAUUAAGUAGUGAAUGAAAGUGAUCCUCGCAGUAAUGUGCAAUACUUAGGCAGUAGUGAAAAUAAGGCCUGAAAAAAUUCAGGCCUGUACGGGAUUUGAACCCAUGACCUCUGCGAUACCGUUGCAGCGCUCUACCAACUGAGCUAACAAGCCAACUGGGAGCUGGUCAUGAUGUUGGUAUGGUUACUACUGCCUAAGUAGUGCACAUUACUGCGAGGAUCACUUUCAUUCACGUCUUUAUCCGCAGUUCAAAUAUAUGACUUUCAUAUAUUCUUAACCGUUUAUUUUUUAUCACUUCACGGGUUUAUUUAGAACCAACAUGAUGACCAGCUCCCAGUUGGCUUGUUAGCUCAGUUGGUAGAGCGCUUUCAAUCAAACAUGUGGUGUUGGCCAAAGCAACCUUUUUUCCGAGUUGGUUUUAUCGUCCGGCACACCAAUUAAAGCAUUCCGAUAUCACUCAGUUUGAUUGAAAAAUGUCAAAACAGAUCAAGGAUAUCAGUUUUCUUACCAUUGCGUCCAGGGCACACAUAAAAUUCAACUUCUCACGUACUCCUCCAAUGUUAAAAAAGCCUUUAAAGUCAAACUCUCGUUGGAAAGUAAGCGUGAGUCAGAGAAAGAAAAGAGAGCUCGACAAUCAACAUUUAAUGCACGUCAUAACACUACUUAAUACUACAAACAUAUUCAGGCCCACAAACGCGGGUAAACCGGGAGGCCGGCAACCGUGUUAGAAUUCAGUCUCGUUGCUAUUUUAAUUGAUGCUUUCAUGAAUGACAACGAAUAAAUGCAAUAUCGGCAGGGAAAAAAAGGAGAAACUUACCGAAUUGGCUCCGCUUUACGGCAAAGCGAAGUGAAGACUAUUCAAUGCAGUGAAUACGCCAUGUGAUGGUUUCGCGGCAGUCUUCAUAUUCGAUGACGUCAUGCCCCCAGCAGAUUGCUGUUCCAUUUGCGGUUUGUAUUUUUGGUGGUUUCGGCGAGAUAGCCUUGGCGGCCGUCACCACCAAAAAUACAAGGAUGUCAAAUAGAUCAGCACAUACAAAGAUGGUUUAAGGAUCAGCUGCAGAAUAGUAUAGCUAAUAAAGAAAUGGCAUGGCCUUCACGUCACGCCACAAGCAAGCUCGACAAUUCGCCACAACAUCGAAAUACUUCAAGUAAUACAAAGCAAUUUAAUGUUCAGAUGGAGCGUCUGAUAUUCUGUAAAGCUAUUCGACCUAACGCUACACUAUUUGUGUGUACGCUGUACUAUUCGACAUUACGCUAAGCCAUUUGACGCAACUCUACACCAUUUGUGUGUACGCUGUACCAUUCGACAUUACGCUGAGCCAUUUGACGCAGCGCUACACUGUUUGUAUGUACGCUGUACUAUUCUACAUUACGCUGAGCUAUUUCACGCAACUCUACACCAUUUGUGUGCACGCUGUACCAUUCGACAUUACGCUGAGCCAUUUCACGCAACACUACACCGUUGGUACCUACGCUGUACCAUUCGACAUUACGCUGAACCAUUUCACGCAACGCUACACCAUAUGUGUGUACGCUGUACCAUUCUACAUUAUGCCGAGUUAUUUCACGCAACGCUACACCGUUUGUGCUUACGCUGUGUUACUCGACGUUACCCUGAGCCAUUUGACGCAACGCAACACCGUUUGUGUACUGUAUUGAAAAUGAGUGCUAAGCUAUUCGCAAUUGAGCUAGUCCAUUCCACAAUUUCAUGUUCCAACUCGACAUGGGCAACUACAUCGUUUAUCAUUUGGCUGAACUAUCCAUGUUUAGGGUGUUCUGUAUCACGAAGGAAAACUAAACCGUCUAUAAUUUGGCCAUGCCAUUCCUUAUUUAGCUAUGCUAUCCUGCAGCCGAUCCUUAGACCAGCUUUUUAUUUGCUGAUCUAUUUGACAUCCUUGUAUUUUUGGUGGUGAUGGUCGCCCAUACGUUGCCGUUACCAUAGUGGUUUUCUUAAACUCCUUAAUCGGACCUUCGAGAAAUGGGCCCCAGGAAGACCGCCAUCUCGUGUCUACGAACAGUUGAUAUACCUCGCUGUCACUGAUCUACUAUUAUAUUCCUUUUUAGGCGUUUAAGAAAAUAAUGACAUCUUUAGAAAUGCAUUGACAGGUAAGCCUCGUAAGUUUGGAUUGAAUAACAGUUUAUUCCCUGUCAUAGCUCAGUCAUCUUUACUCCCACGACAGAAAUUUGAAUAUUAUCUUUCGAACUUACUUAAAACAAUAAUUAUUUUUCUGAUAUCGUGGUUGAUCUGUUAGGGUUCUUGUCAAUUAAAUGUCUUAAAGUAAAGCCAAAGUGUUGAAAACGACCAAUCAGAAAAAACGCGAUGGAAGUACUGUAAAGAACCGAUCAAAUUUAAAAAGAACACAAGCAAACUUCUUAAAGGGCAAGGAAAAGCGGGUUUGCCAGUCGCGACUGGUGUUAGUUUUGUAUUUGAUAGAGUGAGAGGAUGGCGGGAGUUUUGAAGACUAAUGGCAGCGAACUGAAGAAAUCAUAAUGCAGUAUAGGACUACUUACGAUACUCAAUUGAAAAUAACUCUCACUCAAAGUCUUUGAUGAACCGUUUACAAUAAGUCAGUCAGUAUUUUUAGUAAACAAUGUAAUGAUCCUGUGCACUUCUCUGUUGUUCAGGUGUGCUUAUCAGUACAGCAAGUUUUCCUGUGCUGAAAAGGAACCGUAUUUUUGAUGGCGGUGCCGCGGGAAUUGAGAUAACAAACAGUGCUGGUGAGCAACAUAACUCCUUCACUAUCAUCACUCUUUAUUGAAUGAUCUUUAGAAAAUCUCACCUCCCUUUGCUCCCCCCAUGAAUUUUUGUUAUCACUUUUGUUUCUCUAGAUCUGUGCACUUCAGAAGUUGAAAAGAAUUGACUCUUGGUAAUAAAAUUCAUCUUGAAUUUGUAAAUCAUCAAAAAUAUUCCUUUUGACAGAGUAACAAUAUAUAGUUUCAUCAGCAACCUUUAAAAUGGCCUCUUCGUACUGUCAUCGAUUCUCUAAUUGACCCGAAAUGAAUCAACUCCUGCUUGUUUAAUCUCCUUAUUAUAGACUGAAAAAAAAUCAUAUCAUCCCUAUUUUUUUCAGGAGGAGUUCUAGAAGAAAACGAAGUCUUCAAUAACCGGUUUGACGGGAUUUGUCUGGCCACUGGUGUCGAGCCCAAACUUAGCAGUGAGUAUAAUGUUUGACUUACCCCUACCCCACCCGUUUAUCACUGUUACAUCCUUUGGCACUAAUGAUUACUACUCUCUCCUCCCUCACAUAACAAAGUACACGGUAACAGAAGAGAAGUUGAGCGAGCUAAAGAGUCUUGUCGCUGUUUGUAUCAAGUGUCUGGUAACACAUGCUAUCCGAUGCACGAUUUUUACAGGUGAGCAUACUCAAAGGUGUUAAGCAUGUGACUUUUCCUAACACUAUCAAUACAUUAUUCAGAAAACAGCUGAUAAGAUAGAGAGACGUUUUAGGCGUAAGGUGUCAUCUUGACAAAAAAGCAAAUGCUCGUUAAAGAGAUCAACAAUAAAAUGCAUACGCGAAAAUUACUUCAUGGGUUGGAGUUUAUUCAUUUAUAGAUUUAUUUUAUGUUCCCUUUUCUAUCCCUUAGCGCCCUGCCGUUUAUUUUAUCUCUAUCUCUUAGCGCCAUGCCGUUUAUUUUAUGUUCCCUUUUCUAUCUCUUAGCGCUCUGCCGUUUUUUUUGAAACACCAAUUUACCAAUCUUAGCUGAGUUCAGAAUAUGUCACUCACCCUCCCCAUCGUUUUACCUCUCAAUCUUUUUCUGCUGGAUAGUGACUCAGUCAUCAACUUAGUCCAGCGGUCUAUCAGACAAGAAAGAUUCCGUAUUUAGUAUAAAUUUAGUCGAUUACGUAGUUAGUAAACGGUCAUAAACAUUCCAAAUCUAUUUGAAUUCACUGAGUUCUAUUACUUAGUCACCAUAGUCUUGGGUGAACACAAUCUCCAAUGAUAUUGCACGGUCAGUUGCUGAGGUCUCAUGUUAGAGAUGCAGUGCUGUCGAUUACAUAUUUUACCUUUGACUGGUUUCUUAAUCAGUCAUCACUGCUUCCUUGAUAUUGACGUAUCUCUUAAUGUAUUUAUACUGACACGUAGGUGCACAUUGUGUGCCCCUUUUUUUUUUUAUCUCUUGUUGACGUCGUCUGUGAUCUAUUUUAUCUCUUUUUGACGUCGUCUGUGAUCUAUUACUGAACAAAAGCACAGCAACGCGAAAACUUUUUUGUUGUAAAUUUGGAUUUUGAAACUGUUAUGCGGUGCUCAAAUCAAAGUCAGUUCUCCUUUGCUUCUUGCUUGAUAAGUUGUAGGUUGAAGAGACUGAAGCUUCAUAGGUUUUGGUAAAGAAAAAAAGCCCUUUUAGACUGCAUAACACUUUAAAAAUAGACGCCAUGUUGGCGUGCAUCUGUUUAGUUGUAGAUCACAGGUGAUACCAAAAUGUGAUCAGAUAUUCCAGUUACAUUCGGACGUCUUCUGUGAUCUAUUACUGCACAGACCCAUGACUACAGGGAAUCUAUUUGUUUUAUAUCAUGGAAACGCAAAAUGCUGUUACUGUUGACGUCAUCUAGGCGUCUGACCUCCCAUAUAUUAUAAGAAAGAACCGAUGGAAGUGCUGUAUCAUUCGGCUCAUCGUAUAAUUUUUAGUGAUGAGAAUCCAGCAACGAGGAUUAAAUCUCCAGUCUCAUACAUUUUAUACCGUGAACGAAUUUUGAAUUGAAUUUAUAACAACCAAAUCAGCCACAGAAUUCGUUUGGUGCAUACUUCUCCUGGUUUUGUCGUUGAUCUCUUUCCCCUCUCUCGUGUGAUCUAACUCCUAUCUAGGAAGGAUUCUUUAAAGUUGGUUUACUGUCGAUUAUUUCGACGUUUCUGGCCCUGAUGCGCGUCUUGAAGUGGAUGAUCAGAAAUGUUUUCAUCUAUAUUUUUAGGUUUUUCUGCGAUUAUGGAGCAGGUUCUAGUGGAGUUCUGUGUAAACUUGUCAGCAGUAAUUGCUGGUCAUCAGCAUCUCGGAUGCCGGCAGCUCGAGUGGUGGUCAAACAGAAACGUCUGCGCAAGAAGUUAGAGGGAACCAGGCUCUUUGCGUUUCUUGACGAUUCGACGAUGUUGAAGAAUCUUAUAGUGACAUAAAGAUUUAAGAGUAAGCAAGUUUUAAACUAUUCUCAACACGUACGUACAGGGAGAUUGUUGCUCUGCUUACCCUUCUCAGCAUGCACAUCUUUGUCGCGCUGAUCUGUGAACUACAAAGAUGCAGCUUAGCUUUUUCAACUUUCUUAUUUGAUGUAAACUAUAUAUAUAUAUAUAUAUAUAUAUAGCUAUACAUAAGAGUCACAGAGAAUCGAUACGUCCUCUUUAAUUCUUUAACUUAUGUAUACUUAGCUCUGCUACCACAGCAUUGAGCACUUUAUGCCAAGGUAGACUCUACCCCCACAUUCAUUUAUAUAUACAGCUACAUAUAACUAGGAAUAAAGCAGGAGGAGGAUGGGGAGAAGCCUCCAGGCUAUUUGUUUUAUAUUUUUUUUUUGACAUCGAAUCAGCUACUUGCUCACAAGACCUUGCUCCUCUCCCUCCCCUCCCUCUCCUACCUCAUUAGUCACGCCUUGAAUUUGCACGUUUUGUGAAAGAUUCCAUCAAGUGUGUUGAAUCAAAAUCGCUAAAUCACAAUAGUGAGGGGAAAACAGUUGUGUUUGAGAGCAGCUGAAGUCGCAGUCGAGUGAUGCCCCUGUGCUAUACUAUGACCCCACAGUGCUACCAGGUUUUAAGAAAUUUCUCUUAAGGGGAAUCUUGUUCGGAAAAAAUAUACAUUUUAUUCAUCUCGUUUCAAAGGAUUAAUGAAGCGACUAUUUAAGAAAUACUGAAGACAAAAAUAUGCUUUUAGAGAGAAAAGUAUUUAUUAAUUUAAGAGAUGAACUAUAUAGAUAAAAAGGUAAAUAAACUGUUCUACUG